AUGGUGGAACUCCUACGCAAUGUUGGUAUGGAAACUUGCAAGCCACUUUCGACACCGAUGUCGACCACUGCUCCAGUCACCUCCAAUGACUCUAAGCCCUUUGAUGAUCCGACGGCAUACAGGAGCCUUGUUGGGUCGUUAAUGUAUCUGCUUAUUACCCGCCCCGACUUAUCUUAUGCAGUUAACCGCCUGUGCCAGUUCAUGCACAGUCCAACGGAGGAACACUGGGUAACACUUAAAAGAGUGAUGCGGCAUAUUCAAGGGACUCGAGAGCUUGGCCUCCGUUUCACGCCUACCACUACACCGGUCCUGCAUACGUUCUCCGACUCAGAUUGGGCGGGAUGCUCGGUUGACAGGAAAUCCACUGGUGGUUACGCAGUCUUCCUCGGACCUAAUCUUGUGUCGUGGGCCUCCCGGAAACAACGCACGGUAGCGCGUUCAUCAACUGAAGCCGAAUACAAAGCCUUAGCUGAUGCUGCAACCGAAGUAACCUGGGUUCAGUCGCUGUUACGAGAGCUGGGAUUGCAUCCUCCCACUGUGCCGGUUCUUUGGUGUGACAAUUUGGGAGCUACAUAUCUUUGCUCCAAUCCUGUUUUUCACGCUCGGACCAAGCACGUAGAGGUGGACUAUCACUUUGUCCGGGACAAGGUGACAACUGUGCAGAUGAAAGUCAACUUCGUCUCCACUCAUGAUCAGCUAGCCGACGUGUUCACUAAGCCACUCCCGACGCAAUUGAAAGUCUAUUGCUUUGAUUCUAUUCAUGGGAAUAAAGAACUUACAGAUAUUAAGAAUAUAAUUGACAAGAUUUUCAGCAAUAGCUAUUGCAGACCUGCUGUCACAGUAUAUAGCAGCUGGAGUACCAGGAUAUAUGCCAAACUCACCCAGCAAAUAUAUCAGCCACUGAACCUCACAAGUGGUUGCAGCCAAGGCUCUAUAUUCUGCCUCUGA